UCACGCCAGUUCGUGUUCGAACCGCGCUUAUUGAGGUCGUACGCUGCGAGCUCGGUUGCCAAGUUUAGUACCGCGAAAGGAUUUUCCUUUGUCCCAAUCCUCGAGGACCCUGCCCUCGUAUUAUGUUUCUACGCGAGAGCCGCGACCAGCCCCGGCCUACUGAGGAGCCGGACCGCGCACAGCGUGCCGAAUCGCGUCGAAAUUCUGUCAGUUUUCCAAAAUUCUGUGACGGUUAUCCCGCGAAACGCGUACGCCGGGCGAUUUGAAAUUUUUGAGUGUAGUUGUGAGUAGAAUUUUGUCGGCCAUCGGACAGUGGUGCGCUGCCACAAGUGUUCAACUAGUAGAGUGAGGACUGAGCAUCAUGUCCACGGGCAAGCGGCUAGCGAAGCGCUCCAUCAUCGGGACGCGCGUCGCGGCGCUGGGUGAUGACGGACUGUACUACUCGGGCAUGAUCCAGGCGGUGAAGACGCCGGCGCCCUUCCCGGAGAACAACAACUGCAUAAACCUGACGCCGAACACCCGCUACACGGUGCGCUUCGACAGCGUCAAGAUGAAGAACCGCGAGUACCGCGACGCCGAGCUGAUCGGGCCCGGCUUCCGCGGCAUGACGGGCGUGCGCCUCAAGGAGGGCCAGCGCGUCUUCCUCACGCACAACGGGCGCGAGGUGCGCGCCGACGUCAAGCACCACGACCCCGACACCGACGAGCUGCGCGUCCAGGUGCACUCGCCCACCACUGAGGUGGGGGUUGAGCUAAAGAAAAGACUGGAUGAAGUAAGGCUGUUGGAAUCCCGGAAGUCAGCCAGACUGGCAGAUGUGGACACUGAUUUCGCCAGAUUGGCUGAUAUGGCUGGAGACCGCCGCCGUGCUUCUGCUACCAUUGAAGUACCCGCACAUCACAUGCAAGGAUCGCGCAAGCGUGGCCCGAGCAGUUCCUGCGACCUGGGCUACGGCGAGCGCGACGACCAGAUGAACGAGUGCAAUGCUGCGCUCGUGCUGAUGUCACUGAGCUGCUCGCCCAACUCGCCGCGCCCCAGCGCCUGGGGAGGCAGGUCGUCGGUGUCUCCUGGAGCCAGCAGCAGUUCUGGGUCGUCAUGGCGCUCCGGCACGCCCUCACCCCCACCGGCAUCCUCCUCCUUCAGCGACGAAGGCAUUGCUAUGGACUAUGAAGAAAUCCACCCGCGCAAGAAAAGGAUAAAUAGUGUUGUAUUCGUGUGCACCUGGAGAGGAUGUACUUACGACACAAACACUUGCUCCGCCAUUGAAGCACACAUCAGAAACACACAUUUAGGGCCAAAGAAAGAAGGCGAUAGUGACCAUGAAGAAGAGUUCUACUACACAGAGAGGGAGGUGGCCGCCCCGGCACCGCCGCCCACACUCUCCCACCGAGACAUGUGCCGCCCGCCGCACGAGGAUCCCGAGUAUCAACGACAGCUAGUCGGCUCUUUCAGGCAAGGUCUUCUCUCUACAAUGCAGAAUGGAACCGCCCGGCCAAUAAGCAUUCCCGUUACACAUCAUUGGGCCAACUCACAUUCACCAAAACAUAUGCGGUUAUCAGCGGCGAGCGGAUCACCGGGCAGUCCCGGGAGGCGGCCGCGCUCGGAUAAUAAGAAAUGUCGUAAGGUAUAUGGCAUGGACCAACGCGAUCUCUGGUGUACACAGUGCAAGUGGAAAAAAGCGUGCACGCGUUUCGGCGAUUAGCGUUCGCGUCGCACGCACGCAUAUGCGCGGGCAGUGCAACUUAAAUGAACGGUGACGUUAAAUUAUAUCUAACCAAAAUACAAUGAGACAUUUUGAUCAAUCGCGAAACGCGAGAACUAUUCCGUGUGGGAUUCAUGAUUUAAUUAAUUAUAAGAAAAUAUAUACUAUUAUGAAUGAAAGUUUUUAUUUAAUAUAAGCAGAGACAUAAAAUUUAGAUAUAUUCGUUAAAAAAGUUAAAGGAGACAUAUUUUUGCUCUUUAUAUGUGGCUCGUGUUUUGACUGCAUAAUGGACAUUGCCCACGUAUUUUUGUAGCGCAGUAGAUUCGCCUUAACUGUGACGUACGUACAUGUGGAAUGCAAAAUUGUGUGACGCUCUCGAGCGGAGACUGUGAAUAUUAGCAUUGUAAGUAGUUGUAAGAUUAGACUGAGAUGAAUGGUGUGAAAACAUUGUCAACAGUGUUGACCAAUAUAGAAUCUUCUCCAGUUGACCAAUAUAAACUCCUUAAACUAGAAAUUUGAAAAUACCACAUUUAUCAUAAAGGUAUUUUAGUUGGUAUUGAUUUAAACAACAGUUUGGGAAACACUGCACAGUGUCAUCGAAACUCGUGUAAAGGGUCAGUCAAUUCCGUCCACAUUUUCGAAUGUGCUGCUUCGAUUGUUAAUCGACAACACGUCCAAGACAAUGUUUUCACACUAUUGUACUAUGUACUGAGUAUGCCACUGUAUGCUCUGAUUGUUCGACCACAUUCAAUGUCGAAAAUACUUCGGUGAUAUGAAUCACUAUAUUAUAUGAAAUGUAUAUUGACUGACUUAUUAGAUAAUAACGAAAUAUAAAUAAUAAUAUAUGAAUUAGCCUCGUAAGUUAUCUCAGAUUCGACGAAAAGACUACUAACAUGUUUAGACUUAAAUUUUUAUGAACAUAUCUGUGUUGUAUACAAAGAUGGUCCUACUAGAACAAGGAGACAAUACUCAAGAGAUGCUCGCGCAUUCUGCGGCGCCGGGGGUUUCCACCGCGGCAGCUCUGUGUCGCGUCGCAAUGUGAACACAACAGGGUGAGCAGCAUAUACGCAAGACUAUGACUUCCAAGGAGACGAGAGAAUUUGUAGGUAACACCACACUGUACAUACUGAUUCAAUUAUUGCAUACAAUCUGCAAAAAUGGAGUUCGUUUGCAUGAAUUUCGAUACGCCAAUAGAUGAGGCCUAAUAAUAGUAACCGGAACGUCGUCGGAAAACUUGAGAUGUGAAUUUCAUAUACCUAUUUAAAGUUCUGAUAAGAUUAAGAACCCAUAGAAUGUAAUGUAACAUUAGAAACAUCAACACGUACAGGAGGGAAAUAUAAAAGAAGCGUGCAGGAUUUGGGAAAAGUAAGAAUAAAAGCGAUUGCGAGCUGCAAUAUUACUUAUAAGUAUUACUGAUUAAUUAUGUAAAUAUUAAUUUAAAUAUAGUGAAUUAUAUAAAAAGAUAUUAUUCUGUAUCUACAUAUUUAAAAAAUAAAAGCAAUGUUUGGAUGUGUACAUAGAUAAAAGUAUAAUUAUGAAAUAUUAUUGUUACUUAAUGUAAUUGUUUAAAUCGAAAACUUUUGUACGGCUUCAUGAUAACGAGUUUAUGAAAUAUUUUAAAUAGUUAGGCACUGUAAUGAAUUACAAGAGCCGCGUAAAGUUUUAAUUUUGUGUUCCCUGCAUACAUCACGACGCGAAUGGAUUCUUUGUUACCAAGGCUCCUUGUCGGUUCAAAUAUAUUUUUAAGUACAUAUUAACAAAUUACAAAAUGCUUACAUUAAAGAGAAAAGUAUUAAGUUCGUGAAUACUCCUGGUUGUCAAACCAUGUAAUAUUUAAAAUGUGCCAAUUGUAAAUGUAACAAUCACUGUGAAAUCAAUAUUAGACUAUUAUACACGUAAUGUGUUCAUGUGUUCAUUAGUAUGCACUAUGAGCUAUCUAAUUACAUCGGUGCUGAUACAAAUAACGCACAUUUCAGAUAAAUAUGUACCGAGUUCUGUGCCUAUUCAGAAUUUGGACAACUUGUAUUAUUGAACGAUUACUGGUAUCAGUUAUCUUGGUUGUACAUGAAACAUGUUAAAAUCCUUUUUAUUAAUCUCAUCGAUUCAAUAACAUGUUAAUUUCUAUUUAGAUCUGAUUAGACCAGACAGACAGUCUAUUUAUGCCAAAUGCAUUCAUGAGAAUUGGACAAGGUACAACAGAAAUCCGCUUCUAUUCAUGAAGAAUCUUUAAAUUUUUAAUGUUUUUUCUGAUACGCGGCGCGGUAAACCAAUAAGAGUUUAUUUUAAAAAAGUGACCAUACUGUUGAACUAAAGCAUUGCCUUGCACUUAUUGUGUCUUAUAGUGAUUGAAUUAGUAACGGCCAAUACAGCCCCGCUCCUCCGCCUAAAUGAAAGAGAUGUGACGAUUAAGAAUCAGUCCAUAAAAUAUAAAUAUCAAUCAAUCAGUAUCAGAAUUAAAUAUGUAAACACCAAUUUUUAUUACAAAUUAAGUUCAAUACGUACCUAUUACUCAUAUGAUAGAGAUACCGCUUCUUGCCAAAUUUCUUUAUAAAGUAUGUGUUACAGGUGCUUAAUGUCAUUAUUAGUAAUACUUAAAUGUAUUUGGAAAUCGUGCUAUCAUAAUAUUAUAUUACGUGAUGUACCUGUAAAUCUUACCAAAUAAUUACAUUUCAUUGCAAUAUUGGUUGUGAUAAAACAUCAUGAAGUUGUCAUUUAAUAGCAAAAUAACAACGCUCGACGCAAUGAACCUCCGCGCUUUCUAAACCAAAAUAUCACUGUAGUCGUAAGCAACAACUCAGCUAGCGAUUUGACAACUGCCAUAUUGUAAGGAUCUAGAAUAUAUAACUGCAGCUUAGAUUUAUAUGUAGCUCCUAGUUGUAUUUUAAGUUGAAGUCAUAAUAAUAGUAUUUAAUAUGUUAGGUACAGUAAACGUAUUACGUAUAUUUAGUUGAUAUUUGUUAUUUCACAGUUGUGAAUUUUGUAAAUUGUUUCAGCAAUUUCUACUUUGAAUAGUCGAUCACAUUUUAUCAUAUUUCCACGCAAAAAUGUAGAAAACAUUUGAACAUGCCUCAUGUGGACUGUUUAAGUUUAGACUCACUUUUCUUGUAGCUGCAACACUACCACUGUAUUUGUACCUCUAACCAAAAUAAGAAUUGUUAUCAAUGUGUAACAAUAAAAAGUUAAGACCAAUAUUUACAGAGAUAAUUACCGGGAUUAUAUUUAAAUACGUAUCGUCGGUAGACAAUAUACAUUUUACAACGAUAUUUACGUACCAAUUAUUUCAUAUUCAUGCAUAAAUACGAUGCCGAUCUCAAUUUAUUUUCGAAGCUACUAGAGUUACGUUUAGAGACAUAAUAUUAUUUCAUGCAUAGAACAUUUCUUAUUUUAUAUAAAUUAUUCAUAGUAGUUUAGGCGUUAUUAUUUUUAAAAUAAAGACACUUUAUUUUUAAUAACUAAAUGAUUUGUAAGUAAAUAUUUUUACGUAAUUUACUAAUUUAUUUAGCCAAAAUUUUUGCUCAAUUUUGUAUGCACUCAACACCAAAGUCAUAAUACUAACAAGAAACUACAUAUCAGUACAAAAAGCAUAAUUGAAACAGUUUUAAGAUUUUUUUGCCUAAAGUUCACAUGCAUGGGCUCACGUCGCAGUCCUAAUACUCUUGGAAGCAUGUUUCGAUGAAAUUCUUAGAUAGAGCGCUAGUGUAGCUCCAAGUUUUAAUUCACUUUCUACGUAACGGACUGUCUAUUUGAGACCUAAGUACUGUUCUUGAUUAGGUACAUCAAAAUAUUAUUUAGAACUUACAGAUAUAAUGCAGGUGGGAUUUAAAUCCGUGUCGUCGAAUUGAGCACGCGUUCAGCAAUAUUUGAAUCCCACUAAAACUCGCUCCUCUUGAGAGGAAGCUAAAUAUCUUUCUUUUUACAUACAGCGCCGCUAUUUUAUCUUCUCUAACUUCUUUAUGUAAAUAUGUAAAUUGACAAAGGUCUUAGAUACUAAUAAAUACCUGGUAUUGAGUGGAACACCAUAAUUUCUAGUGCUAACGGUACUUACAUAAAGCUGACGAUAUUAUGUAAACGUUAUCAACGUAAACACAGUUUUACCUUCUAGUUGAGUAGCAUAUUUACUUAAAUAUUGUAUUCUAAAUAGUCUAUUCGUGAAUAUAGGUUACUUCACCUGUUUUAUACAUACUUUUAGUACCCUUUGUUGUAAUAUAAUUUCCGUUAAAAUUAUGGUACCUACAUGCUAGCAUGUAAUUUUAUCUACAAAUAUUUUAAAUUAAUAUUAUCUAUAUCAUAGAUUUACGACACUGUAAUUUCUUAUUUUUAUCGUGUAUUGUAAUUAUUUACUCCUAAUUGCGUAUAUUUUAAUUAUUAUGUUUCAUCAUUUAUUCAUCCCUUAUGUAUUUUGCUAUUCCAAUGAAGUUAAUUUUAUGUUUAUGUGGGCAAUUAUAGUUUAUGAAAAUAUGUCUCCUGUUUUUAGUGGUACCAAUGUAUUAAGUACUUGUGAUUAAAGAUAUUUUCUUGACAUGUCCAUAAUCUGACACUAGCACUGAGCGUAAUAUUAAUUUAACAACGAGUUGGCAAUAUGGCAUAUGUUUAUUUAAAGAUCUAUCUUUAAAAAAUAUCUGCCUUUAGGUACUCAACGAACUACCCAAAAAAAGUACAAUUUCACAAAAAAAGGAAAAGAGCUAUUAUGAUGAGCUAAAUGAAAAUACCUUUCUAUCGAAAAGAAUGAAAUUAAUAUAAGAAAAUAAAGCACUUUUUACCGAUAUCACUAAAUAAUAUAUUAGUGUAUUAUGUGUUGGACUUGCCAAUGAAUGUUCACUACUACCAACUUGAGCUAUGAUCAGGCUGCAUGGCGAUUUUUAAAAAAUCAGGAAUCAAUCGUGUAAAAUAUUAUAUUUACAUAUAUGUACACUGAAAAUCAAGUACAUAGCACACCUCUUUAAGAAAAUAAUAAUUGCUAAUACAAUCUACCUAUUGUAAAAUUUGUAUGUAUAGAGUACAUAUUAUUUGCUUUAUUAUUUUAUUCCUUAAUAGUUUAGGUGAGACUUCUGAAAAUCCAAUUGUCGCGAAAUUAACAGUGUAAGUCCUGUUACCUGUAUCAUUUGAAUUGUAAUGUGAAAAGUUAGCAUUUUUUGUGGAAAACAUCCCUACUUUUAAUUAAUAUUGUUCAACUAGAGAGUGCCACAGACUUUCAGCAUGACUAAUGUGCUAGUCGUAUUUUGGAAAUAUUUGAAUUAAGACUCAGCAUAUUACCUAAAUUACCUAUGCUAAUUUUUUGCAUUAGGACUGUCAAUUCAUGUAAAUCUCACAUAAUAAUAUCUACCUUACAGGAAGUUACUUACGCAAUUGUUAAGCCAGUAUGUAUCAAAUUUAUAUCAAUAUGACGUAAGUUUCAGAAAUAUGGUGUAGAUAUCUAGUUUCUUGUUAAGAGCCGGUGGAUGCAUCGAUACGUCGUUAUUAAUGGUUACCAGUAGUUUUAAGGACGCAACAUGAUCAAAUAUGUUGUUUAUCUCUUGAUAGAUAUUAUAUUUUCAUAUUUAGUUGUCAAUAUCACAGCAGUUUUAAUAGACACUGUCAGCUCUAUUCCUCAUAUUUAACUUUCUCUAACUGCCAUCACAAGUUUUGUUUACUACGAUCAACAAAUGGUAGAAACUAGCUGGCGGUUAAUCUACUGUGAUAUUCAUAAUUUUAUUUAUUAUUUUCUAAAUUAUUAUUUAUAAAUUUAAUGUUGAAUGUGAGCAGAGCAUGUUAUAUUUUAAUGAGAUUGUCGUAGUUAAGACAUUAUUUUAUAUUGUAUCUAAUGGAAGGUCCAGAAUGUGUUCCAAAUUGGUUUAAUAACGAUAGUUAAUACAAUUUUAUUACAAAAUGUUUUUGUUAAUACGUUGUUAAUAAUCUUGUAAUGUAAAUUGAAACAAGAAGAAAUAUGUACAUCACAAAACUUAACAGCCUUAUUAAUGCACUUUGAGCUCUCUAUCUGUAAUGUGUAAUAUUGAAUGCAUUUCAUAGCAAACUAUAUUUGACUGUGAAGUAUUGUACCUACCUAUACCUACUUGACAAAAUGUUACACAAUUUAAUGAAAUAUAUAUUAAAAAAUGUUAUUAUUUUAUUAUGUGCUACUUCAAGUAGACUAUUUGCCUGAAUAUACCUCAAUAAGUUUAGUAUGAAUUUUGUGUGUCUUGAAAAAAUAUAUUUCAAUUAUUAGAAUCA